ACUCCCAGAACCAGAACCAGAACCACGCGGUCCACAUUUGAAAUUUUAUAAAACUUCCAAAAUAUUGUAAUAAUUAUAAGCGGUAUUCAUAUCUUCGGAACAAAGUAUAAUGAAUCCAUUGACAAAUGUAAAAAACAUCACCAAACUUGGACAGCAGGACUUAGUUGGCAAUAAGAAAACAUCCUGGCAUGAUGAGUACAAAGACAGUGCUUGGAUUUUUGUUGGUGGAUUGCCAUAUGAUUUAACCGAAGGAGACAUCAUUACAAUUUUUUCACAGUAUGGUGAAGUAGUUAACAUCAAUCUUGUUAGGGAUAAAGAUACAGGAAAGUCUAAAGGAUAUGGUUUCCUUUGUUACGAGGAUCAAAGGAGCACAGUGUUAGCUGUUGAUAAUUUUAAUGGGAGCAAGGUUCUAGGGAGGAUCUUGAGAGUAGACCAUGUAGCAAAUUAUAAAGCUCCCAAAGAUUCCAAGAAAGUUGAUGAAGACACAAGAAAGUUAAGAAAGGAAGGAUGUGCACCAAAGGCAUCAUAGGUUGAUAUAUUUUAUAAAUAUGAAUAUUAGUACUAAUAAACUUUACGAAUUUGUAUCGUAUAAACUACAAAGCUCUUAGACCACCAAAUAUACCACCAUUUUCAUAGACA